AUGGACAAGAUCAGAGAGAAGCUCAGCAACUUGAAACUCGAAGCUGAAAGCUGGCAGGAAAAGUAUGAGGAGGUCAAGGAGCAAUUGAAGCAGCUGGAGCAGGACAACACCGAAAAGGAGAACCACAUCAAGUCGCUCACAACCAAGAACCAACAUUUGGAAGACGAGGUGGAGAAAUUGGAAUCGGAGCUUUCAGAACACAAGCAGUUGUCAGAAGACUCGCAUAACUUGCGUUCGCACAACGAAAACUUUACGAAGAAGAACCAACAGUUGGAAGAGGAGCUGGAAGAAAGCGACUCGAAGCUCAAGGAAACCACUGACAAGUUGCGCGAAACAGACCUCAAGGCGGAGGGUCUCGAGCGCAAGGUAGUUUCCCUCGAGCAGGAGCGUGACGACUGGGAGAAGAAGUAUGAGGAGCUGACCGCUAAGUACGACGAGGCGAAGAAGGAGCUAGACGAGAUCGCUGCAUCGCUCGAAAAUUUAUGA